CAGCCGUUGCCCGUGACAAAUGUUCUGAUUAAUGUUUAUUUUUUACGAUUUUUGUUAUCAACACAACACUAAUUACCAAAAAAUACAAUCCAACAGGUUGAAUUUACAUGUAGUUUACGUGGUGUCGCAGCAUGAUGUACCAACAGUUCGUUUUGUUGGUGUUUAACCUGCUUUUUGCGGAGACAUUACUACAAUCGGUAGGAAAAAUCAGCCGAAAUAUUUCAAAAUACAUAGUAGACGAACCGUCUUGCCGAGAUGUCGGUGUAAUAUGCCAUAAUUUGAACGAUAAAGACGAUCUUCUGGUGUUAGAAUGCUUAUUAAGCUCGAAUCCACAUCAAGUGAACAAUUUAAAUUCAGAAUGCCAAACGCUAAUUUGGAGGCGGGUGAAGAAUUUAACAUCCGACAAAGGGGUACAAGAUCGUCUCAAACCAGUUUGCGCUCGCGAUUUACCGACUUUUCAGCAGUGCCAUGAAAAUAGUUAUUUAAAUUGUAUAGUAAACCUUGUAGAUAUCAAAGAAAAAGUUAACCAAGAUUGUUACAGAAUGAUAACAAGAUUAGAAAACGUUGCUUUUACCGAUUACAGGUGGAUUCACGGGUUUUUGAACCAAUGCGAGGAUGAUAUCAACAAAUUAAAAUGUGGCUCUAUCGAUAUUGAUAAUUUUUCGAAUUUAAAAACUGUAUCGUGCUUGCAAAACAAUAUUUUAAAUGUUAACGCGGGUUGCCAAAAGGAAAUUUUUCAUUUAUCCGAGUUGCAGUCCACAAACAUCAAAUGGGAUGCCCAACUUAACAUAGACUGCAGAGAAGAUUAUAGAAGAUAUUGCAGUCAUUAUUUAGAAGGGUCUGGUAGAGUGUUUCCUUGUUUAAUGAGAGUGUUGCAUUCAGACGAUACUAAAAUAGGAACCAAAUGUCGGCAACACCUAAAAAGGCGUGAAAGAUUAAUUUCCCAAGAUUUCAAAGUCAGUAAAGGUCUUCUGAAAGCUUGCAAAGAGGAUAUUAAGCGAACGGCCUGUAGACAAAAAGUGUCUACUGAUAAAACUGUGAGAUUAUCUCAAAUAUUGUUGUGCCUGGAAGAUUUCAUGAGGCGUGGCAGGGAGGAUAAUAAGCAGAUUAUCAGCUCUGAGUGUCAGGAUGAGAUUGUAGAACAUAGACGUUUACUUAUGGAUGAUUAUAGGUUGUCCCCUGAGGUUGUUUCUAAUUGUAAGAAUGAAACAUCCUUGUAUUGUUCGGAUUAUGGAUAUGGGGGUAAAACUUUGCAUUGCUUAAUGGGGCAUGCUUUGAAUACAGGAGGUGGCAAUACUAAACUUGGAAGUUCUUGUUUAAGAUCGCUGGAAGACCUGAUGCGCGAGGCCAAUCCAGGGGAGAAUUGGAAUGUCGAUCCAGUUUUGCACCAAGCUUGCGAUCCCGUUGUCAAAAUAGCUUGUAAAAACGUCAAAGGUGGUAACGGUAGGGUCAUGUCUUGCCUAAUGGACAGCAUUCGUACGGACGUUAUGACCAUUGAGUGCGAAAACGCCCUGUUGGAAAUUCAGUACUUUGUCGCUAGAGAUUUCAAACUGGAUCCUCAGCUGUACAAAGCCUGCAAUGGGGAUGCUUCGAAGUAUUGUCAUUUUGAUGAUGGUGCUGAAAGUACGGGGCCUAGUUAUUCCAGACAAGUGCUGCCGUGUCUCUACAGGAUAUCAUCGUCUUCUGACGAAAGCAUAAAAAUCGAAAAGCCAUGCUUAAAACAAAUACAAAGGGUGAUGCGUCAACGAGCCGUCAGCGUCAAUCUUCAACCGGAAGUCGAAGAAGCGUGCCUUCAAGAUUUGGGCUACUACUGUCAAGAGAAAGUCAAAAAGGACGAGGAGAUGCAGUGUCUACAGGACAAUCUGGAAAACCUCGAGGAUAAAUGUCAGGACAUCGUCGAUAAAUUUACAGAAAUGGAAGCCGAAAAAGUCGAAUUGAAUCCCUACAUAUCGAGGUAUUGUAAUAAAAUUAUUGAAAAUUUGUGUGCCAACGAGGAAGAUGUCGUGCAGUGUCUUAUAGAAAAUAAAAACAAUCCACAAGUCAGAUCUAUACCGAACUGUCGAGCGAGUAUAGAACAUUUCCAAAUAAUUACCCUAAAAGAUUACAAAUUUACGUUCAAAUUCAAGCAAGCCUGCAAACCGUACGCCAUGCGUUUGUGCGGUAAAGCGAGCACUAAAAGUGCCGUCAUCGAAUGUCUCAGCGAGCAGAUAUUGAACGCGACCAUACACGGCUUGAAAAGUAACAUACCCAAAGAUUGUAGGCAGCAAUUGAAGGCGCAGAUAUUCCAGCAAAGGGAGAAGAUCGAUUAUAAUCCAUCGUUGAAGAAAUAUUGCUCGGUCGAUAUCGAAAAGUUUUGCAAAAACGUACAGGUUGGAAACGCGCAGGUAUUGGAAUGUCUUCAAAUGGUGCCGCCAGGUCAAUUGAGUCCGUUGUGUGGCAAAGAAGUUUUCAAAGCGCAGAAAAUGGAGGUUUUCGAUAACAGCGUGGAUUUCGCUUUGAUUACGAAUUGUGCGGAAACCAUUGACCAAUUUUGUCCGCAUCACGAUAAAGAAACGGUUUUCGGCUGUCUAAAAAUGAACAAAGAUGAAAAGGGUUUCAGCAAAAAGUGUCGCCAGAUCGUGACCCACAGACUCGUGGAGCAGAGUUCCAACUAUCUUCUCAAUCCGUCAUUGCAGAAGAACUGUCAAAUGGACAUAAAUAAGUUUUGUAAACGGGAACUGGCACAACCGAUAUCCAAAGAUAACAAAAAAUCGGAAGAUAUGAUUAUAAGAUGUUUGAAGAACCAGUUCAAAUUAGCGAAAUUGUCCAGUAAAUGCGAGCAAGAAAUGGCCGAAAUACUCAGAGAGCGAGCUUUGGACGUCAAUUUGGAUCCUCUACUUAGGGUGAUGUGCAAACAGGAAUUAGAGACCAUUUGUAGAUCGGACGAGGAAAAUUCCGGUAAAACUGUCGAGUGCCUAAAGAGUGCUCUUUUGAAUCAUGGAAUCACGACGGCAGAGUGUAAAGUCGAAGUAGCUAAUUUAAUAGAAGGUUCCGAAGCUGAUAUCCAGGCUGAUCCUUUGCUGCAAAGAGCGUGCGCUUUAGAUCUGUUGACGCAUUGUAAGGAUAUCGAGCAAGGAAAUGGAAGAAAAAUUAAUUGUUUGAAGACCGUAAUGUCGACGAAUCAGGAAAUAUCGCCUGAAUGCAAAACAAAGCUCAAAGAAAGAUUGGAAAUGUACAAAAACGCAGCACAAGUUGUCGAAGUUCCUGCCGAUUUUCAAGAGCUCUAUCGCACGGUCUCGUUGUCGCCAUCGAAAAACUACUUCGUCAUCGUCGUAUUUAUGAUGCUCGGCACGAUAUUCAUUGUGGGCGUGUUUUGCGGCCGAUUUUCGAAAAAGAAAUACAGACUGUUGAAGAACAAGUGACGUAUAGGAAAGAUUAGGCGACUAAGUGAUUACGUUAUGUUGUGAAGAGAGUAAUAUAUCUUUUAAGUAUUAAAUUUUUAUUAAAAACAAAAAACACCGAAA